AUGGCUUCUUCUUCGACCCACGUUAGGAAAUAUCAUGUCUUCCCGAGCUUCCACGGCUCAGACGUUCGUAGAAAAUUUCUCAGUCAUUUACGUUUUCACUUUGCAAUCAAGGGAAUCGUGGCAUUUAAAGACCAAGAGAUUGAACGAGGCCAGAGGAUCGGACCUGAACUGGUGCAAGCAAUACGAGAAUCUAGAGUGUCGCUGGUGGUGCUAUCUAAGAAUUACCCUUCUUCAAGCUGGUGUUUAGAUGAAUUGGUAGAAAUCUUAAAAUGCAAAGAAGAUCAGGAGCAGAUUGUGAUGCCUAUAUUUUACGAAAUCGACCCGUCUGAUGUACGGAAACAGAGCGGUGAUUUCGGAAAGGCGUUUGGGAAAACUUGUGUAGGUAAAACUAAGGAGGUGAAGCAGAGAUGGACCAACGCUUUGACUGAGGCGGCAAACAUAGGAGGAGAACAUUCUCUAAACUGGACUGAUGAAGCUGAGAUGAUUGAAAAGAUUGUCGCAGAUGUUUCAAACAAACUGAAUGUCAUACCAUCAAGGGAUUUUGAAGAGAUGGUGGGACUUGACGCUCACUUGAGGAAAUUGGACUCUUUGUUAUGUCUCAAUUCUGAUGAAGUGAAGAUGAUUGGAAUUUGGGGUCCUGCAGGAAUUGGUAAGACUACCAUUGCUAGAGCUUUAUACAACCAACUCUCUACGAAUUUUCAAUUUAAAUGCUUUAUGGGAAACCUCAAAGGAAGUUAUAAGAGCAUUGGUGUUGAUAACUAUGAUUGGAAGUUGAAUUUACAAAACCAACUUCUGUCCAAGAUUUUGAACCAAAAUGAUGUGAAGACAGAUCAUUUAGGGGGAAUAAAAGACUGGCUAGAGGAUAAAAAAGUUCUUAUAGUUAUUGAUGAUGUGGAUGAUCUAGAGCAACUAUUGGCAUUGGCUAAAGAACCUUCUUGGUUUGGUUCCGGAAGUCGAAUCAUCGUUACCACAAAAGAUAAAACUAUUAUGAAGACACUUUUGGUCAACGACAACAACUUUUACCAUGUCGGUUAUCCAACCAAUAAGGUAGCUCUUGAGAUCCUCUGUCUGUCUGCUUUUCAGAAAAGUUUUCCACGGGAUGGUUUUGAAGAGCUUGCAAGAAAAGUAGCUUAUCUUUGUGGUAAUCUUCCAUUAUGCCUUUCUGUUGUGGGUUCAUCUUUGCGUGGCCAGAGCAAGCAUAGAUGGAAACUACAAUCGGAUAGGCUAGAAACUAGUCUUGAUAGAAAGAUUGAGGACGUAUUAAAAUCGGCAUAUGAAAAAUUGUCCAAGAAAGAGCAAGUUCUCUUUCUUCACAUUGCAUGCUUCUUCAACAAUACAUACAUUAGUGUUGUGAAAACGUUACUUGCUGAUAGUAACCUGGACGUCAGAAAUGGGUUGAAGACCCUAGCCGAUAAAUGUCUUGUACAUAUAUCCAGGGUUGACCGGAUAUUUAUGCAUCCUUUGCUUCAACAAUUAGGUAGAUACAUAGUUCUUGAACAGUCCGAUGAGCCCGAGAAACGUCAGUUUCUAGUAGAGGCCGAAGAGAUUCGUGAUGUGUUGGCAAAUGAAACCGGUACUGGAUCUGUAUUAGGAAUAUCAUUUGACAUGUCUAAGGUCAGUGAGUUCUCUAUAAGUGGGCGAGCCUUUGAAGCAAUGCGUAAUCUUCGAUUCUUAAGAAUUUAUCGGAGAAGUUCUAGUAAAAAGGUUACAUUACGGAUAGUAGAAGACAUGAAGUAUCUACCUCGGCUAAGGUUACUACAUUGGGAACAUUACCCAAGAAAAAGUCUUCCUCGGAGAUUCCAGCCAGAACGUCUCGUGGUACUCCAUAUGCCACACAGCAAUCUAGAGAAGCUCUGGGGAGGAAUCCAGUCCCUUACAAAUCUCAAGAAUAUAGAUUUGAGCUUUUCGCGUAAGUUGAAAGAAAUUCCUAAUCUUUCAAAUGCUACUAAUCUUGAGACAUUGACACUUAUUAAGUGCUCAAGUUUGGUGGAGCUUCCCUCUUCCAUUUCGAAUCUACAAAAACUGAAAGCGUUGAUGAUGUUUGGGUGUAAAAUGUUAAAAGUUGUUCCAACCAACAUCAACUUAGUAUCUCUUGAGAAAGUCAGCAUGACUCUGUGCUCACAGUUGAGCAGUUUUCCAGAUAUUUCGAGGAACAUCAAAUCUCUUGAUGUAGGAAAAACAAAGAUAGAAGAAGUUCCUCCAUCAGUUGUUAAAUAUUGGUCUCGUCUUGAUCAACUUAGCUUAGAAUGCCGAAGCCUCAAGAGAUUAACAUAUGUCCCGCCAAGCAUAACUAUGCUAAGCCUAAGCUUUAGUGAUAUAGAGACGAUUCCAGAUUGCGUCAUACGUCUCACUCGGUUACGAACUCUUACCAUCAAAUGCUGCAGAAAACUUGUUUCGUUGCCAGGUCUUCCUCCUUCCCUAGAGUUCCUAUGUGCAAACCAUUGUCGAUCACUUGAGAGAGUACAUUCUUUCCAUAACCCAGUCAAGUUACUUAUAUUCCACAAUUGUUUAAAACUGGAUGAAAAAGCAAGAAGAGCAAUCAAACAACAAAGGGUUGAAGGGUAUAUAUGGUUACCUGGCAAAAAAGUCCCUGCGGAGUUCACUCACAAAGCUACAGGAAACUCCAUAACCAUCCCUCUGGCUCCAGUUGCGGGGACUUUCUCGGUGUCCUCAAGAUUCAAGGCUUGCCUUCUCUUUUCGCCAAUCGAAGACUUCCCAACUAAUGAUAUAACAUGUCGUCUAAGAAUCAAAGGAGGUGUCCAAAUUAACAAAUUCUAUCACCGGGUAGUGAUUCUAGAGUCGUCUAAAAUUCGAACAGAACAUCUGUUUAUAUUUUAUGGUGACUUGUUUUCAGAAAAAAUAGGCGUAGAUGUGAGUACAAGCGAGAUUCUGUUUAAAUUCAGCUGCAGGGAUAAGCACAAGAUCAUUGAGUGUGGUGUACAGAUCUUUAAGGAGGAAGCUGAGAGUAGCAGCAGCAGCAGCGAAGAGGAAUACUUUGAUGCUGAAAGUAGCAGCAACGAAGAGGAAUAUUUUGAUUUUGAGAGUAGCAGCAGCAGCGAAGAGGACUACUUUGAUGCUGAGAGUAGUAGCCGCGAAUGCUGGAGAUGGAGACUAUGA